GUCAGGCCCGACGUCCAAUUUCAAGGCGCAUCCAGCCCAAGAUAACCUCCUUCUCCGCAUUUGCCAACUCUUAGCUGCACGCGCCCUCAACUUUCCCUGCUGCGCGCCCGACUUUAUAUCCAAGAACCAUCUCACCACUACAUCACUACUAUUGCAUGCGCUGCAGGUCGACCGAGCGCUCGCUACCGAAUUGCGACAAAGUAGCUCCACGUUUCAGGAUGGAGGCGCUGCUGUCUUUGUCCUUUGACAAUAUUGCAUCAAAGGACACGGCCAAGAUUCGCAAGGGGCUGCGCCAGAUCGAAGGCAUGCUCGCGCACAUCUGCCUUGACGGAAGCAAAGCAAAGCCCGCCAGGCCUGAGCAUCGGCGAAAUCAAUCCGCAAUCAACGCAAGCGAGCAGAACGACGAGCCGAAGAAGUUAGGAGAGCUGUCUGAAGACCCUGCGUUUCGAGAGUUCUUUCGUCUUCAAGAUGGAUUCGAGUGGAAUGUCACUACACGAGUCGCAGAUUGCCUGGAGCGGCUACUCGGCAUGGGCAGCAGUAAGAAUGGCCAAAACGACAUGCUCAUCCUCGCGGCGCUAUCAAAUCUCCAAGGACUACUCCUCCUGCACCCGCCGUCACGCAUUCUGUUCGGCCGUGAAGUCUACAUGAACCUCCUCCUGGAUCUUCUCGAUCCGUACAACUGCCCAGCCAUCCAGUCCCAAGCGAUCCUCGUCCUCGUUACAGCACUCCUCGCCACACCUCAGAACACCCGCGUCUUCGAGCAGAUGGACGGUCUGCUCACCAUCACCAGCCUACAGAGCGACGAGGAGACAACACAGAGCGUCAAGGUCACGGUGCUGGAGUUCCUGUACUUCUACCUGCUACCAGAAGCGCCUCCACUUUCGAGAAAACUCACCAGCGCAUUCGAACGACGAGGAAGCACAGACAGCUCCAAGAGCAUCACAGGCAAGCCAAUACGAUCGCAGGAGGAGAAGCAGCGCAUGCUGGGGAAAUACAUCGCCAACGUGGACUGCUUGUUCGAGGACAUGCAGGAGUCUGAUCCCUUCUCGAGCGUGAGGGUAUGAUCGCACCUUGCUGGUAAUAUCUUGAUCGUCGCCAUUUCACUUGUACAUCUAUCUGCCGUUACUUCCUGCAGGUACUUCUCGGCACGUUGCCGCACUCUCCUACUUUCUUUGGGUCCAGCGAGGCGUUGGAGGGCGUUCAGCAAAUCAGACUGAGCACUACACAUCUCCAAGCACUUCAGCAUGCAUUGUUAAUUUGGGCAGAAGCGUUUCAUGGCAUUAGCAUACUCGGCAGGCGCACAUUCACAAGGUGAUUUCUUUUGUGAUAUAGCAUACGGGGAGCGGGCGCUUCCCACUCGUAUUCUUUGGCUGGGACACCACUGCUCUGCUUCGAGGGCGCAAUCAAGACUGUUUAUGCAAUUUAGCACAUUGGUGACCGAUUGACAGCACAAGAGAUUUGCAAGGGCUCCCAUGCGGUGUGAAAUAUGG